AUGCCGACAUCAUUCCUUCUUCUUAUUCUGCUCAUAUCGGGGGUACUGUCGGAGCCGAUCUCAAGCUUCUUCGACGGUCAGGACAUUAGAAAUGAAUGCAAAACUAGGCUUGAUCGCAGAUUGACCGGAUUUUCUGGACUUCUUUACUCUCAUUCAAAAUAUGGAAAGGAUACUUACAAUGCUAGCCGUAACUGUGUUCUUAUGAUCGUUUCACCGUUAGGAUAUCAAGUUCGGGUUCGCGCUCUCGAAUUUGACGUGAGCCGCCGAAAUGGACGUGCCUGUGAUACAGACACCCUUCAUCUCUUUGAUCAUGAAACGAAUAUCGACCCGGAGAGCCCAAUCCCGACACGCUAUGAUGACAUAAUCUCGCCAGGCCCGAUAAUCGGACAGUUUUGUGGCGAAAUGGAGAAUCGCAUACUCAAUGAGAGCACGAACAACGCGAUGACACUUUGGUGGCACUCCAAUCCGACAAGUACUCGAUAUUCGAAAGGAUUCAAGCUUCAUUGGACUUCAUUCAGAGUUCCGUCCAAUGGAGUUUGCAACUCUCGCGAGUUUUCUUGUGGAAACGGAGAAUGCAUUCCUCGCGACUUGGCGUGUGACAAGUAUGCCGAUUGCUUGAAUGGCGAGGACUUAAUCCAUUCGCGACAACUGGCUGCGAAUUGUCAAAAUAUUGAACUGGAUCCAUUGACAACGGUGAGCGGUGCAUUCGUUCUUCUUUCUUCGGCGGUUCUCAUAUUGUCAUGCUGCUUUAUCACAGUUUGUCUUUUCUGCCUCUGCAGAACGGGAAAGACCGAAACUUCAGUUAAAGGAACGCCUCAAACCCAGACACCGUCGCCGGACUUCAAACCGGAGCCGCCACAGUUUUAUCCACCAUCGCCUCCAAAAAUUCCCCCACCAUCCGUCGCCAACAGUUACACCCCGAGAAAACACAACCACUUUGAUGGCCCAUUCACCCACAGUGAUGGUAGCGGAUUCCACGUUCGUGUUCCAAUCCCACAAUAUCCACCAGAGGGGGAGUACACCUAUGUGCGCAAUGAUGUCCACCGUAACCUCAUCUAA